CUCGCCGGAAUCCCCCGAUUUGGCCUGGGGAAAUGAAGCUGGGUUUGGCGGCCCUCCGCAUCUCCGCGGCGCCGCCCCCGACCUCCGCGAGGGAGGGCGGCUCCCCCCUCCUUCUCCUCCUUCCUUCUUCACGCAUCUUUCACUGCGAGUCGUCUUCCCUCUCUCCUUUCUCUUCGCGAAGCCCAUUUCGCCCCCCAGUUGCAAGAUUGGCAGCGUCUCUCGAGAACAGUCAAAGGAAUAGCAUCCAUUGUGGAAGUAACGAGGAUGAGGAGGAGGGAGAGCCUUAUUUGACUUCCAGUAAUCCUUCGGCUCCGUUGCUCUCGCUGAGCGAGAAACCGGAUAGGAGCCUCGCGUUGCUCGAUGAAUACGAGCUCGAGGAGCUCGACCCCGACCGCUCCACUUGCCGUAAUCACCGAAGCGGUUAUGUAGCUGUGCUAGGCAGGCCCAAUGUUGGGAAGAGUACACUCUCAAACCAGAUGAUAGGCCAAAAACUUUCGAUUGUAACAGAGAAACCUCAAACCACACGCCAUCGAAUUCUUGGUAUAUGCUCUGGUCCUGAAUACCAGAUGAUACUUUAUGAUACACCUGGUGUAAUUGAAAAGAAGAUGCAUAUGUUGGACUCUAUGAUGAUGAAAAAUGUCAGGAGUGCAGCUAUUAAUGCAGACUGUGUUCUUGUAGUUGUUGAUGCUUGUAAAGUACCUCACAAGAUCGAUGAUGUGCUAGAAGAAGGUAUUGGAAGUCUCAGGGAUAACCUUCCUAUUCUAUUGGUAUUGAACAAGAAGGAUUUAAUUAAACCUGGAGAAAUUGCAAAGAGACUUGAGUGGUACCAGAAGUUUACCAAUGUUGAUGAUGUCAUACCUGUAAGUGCCAAAUUUGGUCAGGGAGUGGAUGAUGUCAAAGACUGGAUACUUUCAAAACUCCCCUUUGGUCCUGCUUAUUAUCCCAAGGAUAUAGCUAGCGAACAUCCUGAGAGAUUCUUUGUUGCAGAAAUUGUUAGGGAGAAAAUCUUCACCCAAUACAGAAAUGAAGUUCCAUAUGCAUGCCAGGUCAAUGUUUUGAACUACAUCAGCAGGCCUACAUCCAAAGACUUCAUUCAAGUUGAAAUUGUGGUCGAGAAGGAAUCACAAAAGAUCAUUCUCAUUGGCAAGGGUGGGAAGGCGCUGAAGGUGCUAGCAACAGCUGCAAGGCUCGACAUCGAAGACUUUCUGCAAAAGAAAGUCUUUCUUGAGGUGGAAGUGAAGGUGAAAGAAAACUGGCGACAGGAUGAAGGUCUUCUCAGAUUCUAUGGCUACGGUGGUCAGAUACGAGCCUUGUAGAAGUGUCAACUGUAACUCAUCUGUUAUGUCUAAUCUUUGCGUGGAACAUAUUAUUUGCAACAAAAUGGCUCAUAUCACAUAUCAAAUAAUUUUAUUCCAUUUAGUUA